GCAUGUGCUAAAAGGAGGAGAAAAAGGUCCCGUUCCUCGGCCAUCUCUCUCUCGCUUGCCGCUGUUGCUCCACUCCUCCCUUCCCUUCCCCUUUUGUAUGCCGGCGGGCGAAUGGGAGUCGUCGAGGCGAAACUCUCCGUGAAGGAUGACGCGAAGUCAUCUUCGUCUCCUCCUCCUCCGAACUUCUCCAUGGAUGGCGCGCACAGAGGAAUCGCGAGCAUGAUGCCGGAGGAGAAGCCCUUGGACGUUGUUGGCGAUCCCGAGAUCCCAGAACUGGCUGACGAUGUUGGUUUCGAUCAAGAUCCGGAGUCGCCUAAGAAAGGUGGGGAGGAGGGGGUGGCGGCGGCGGCCGAAAAAGGGGUAUGGCCUGGAUUUUCCCAGAGACCGGAUGCGAUCAAUUGCGCAUUUUAUAUGAAGACAGGGACCUGUAAAUUUGGGUUGAAUUGCAGGUUCAAUCAUCCCCCAAAAAGGAGACAUAGGGCCAAGCCGGAGAAACAAUCGGAAUAUGUUCAGACUAUUAAAGCGGCACAUAAGGGAUCUGGUUCAGAAAAGAUGGGUCAAACAACAUGCAAGGAAUUUGGAAAGGUUGGUGAGAAGGAAAAGAAAGUUGCCCAAAAGAGUUUCAGGCCUGAGAAUGCUGAAAAAAAGCAAAAGGGUACUGUACUAAAAAAGGUGGAGCAAACUGAGAAAAAGGUUGGUGAGAAGGAAAAGAAAGUUGCCCAAAAGAAUUUCAAGCCUGAGGAUGCUGAAAAAAAGCAAAAGGGUACUAUACUGAAAAAGGUGGAGCAAACUGAGAAAAAGGCUGUUGAGAAAGAGGAACAGACUCCUUCGAAAAAGAUGGAUCAGGAGAAGGUCACAUUGAAGAAACAAUGGAAGGUUGUUCAGAAAGCCGCUAGAGAAGAGCAUGAAGAAUCUUCAUUGAUAAUGGAGGUACAAACAUCAUGCAGAGUUGAUGAGAAAGAAAAGGAGAUUGCCCAUAGCUUCAUGCAAUUAAAAUGUGAGAAAACAGAGGAAAAACAAAAGGCAAUCCUCUUAAGAACAGUGGAGCAGACAGAGAUAAAGGCUGCUGAGGACAAGCAAUCUUUUCCAGAAAGGAUAGAGCAUGAAGACAAGAAGGUCGACAUCCUAUCAUUACCAGAGGAGAAACAAACUCUUUCCGGAAGAUUAGAGCAGCAAGAUUACAAGGCUGCUAGGGAAAAGGGUAAAGAAACCACUUCAGAAAAGGGUGAACAGACAGAAUUCAAGGCUGGCACAGAGGAGGGUAAAGAAACUACUUUGGGAAAGGGUGGCCUGAUAGAACACAAGGCUGCUAUGGAAAAGAGUAAAGAAACCACUUUGGAAAAGGGUGGACAGAUAGAAUGCAAGUUUUACACAAUGCCAGGAGGUUGUAAGUAUGGGAAAUCCUGCAAAUAUGUUCAUUCUCAAAAGAAAAUGGAAGGCAAUUCAUCAAAAUUGAACUUCUUAGGCCUUCCAAUUAGACUGGGAGCAAAGGAAUGCCCAUAUUACAUGCGUACAGGGAAUUGUAAAUUUUCUACCAAUUGUAGAUAUCAUCAUCCUGAUCCUACUGUCGCAAUGGUUGGACAUGAUCCUCAUUCAGGAUGUCAAAGUAGUGGAUCUAUGCAACAAAGUGCCUUUGGAGCAUCAACAAUGCCCGUGACACCCAGUCGUAGUCAAGGAACACUUAAUGGACCAACUUCUUUUGUAGUUGCAUCACCAGCCUGUUCUCCAGCUUCAAAUUUGCAUUCACAAGGGUUCCAUUCAAAUUCAGGAUGCAAUGGGUAUCAGCAGGUGCACAUCGAUGAAUAUCCCGAGAGACCAGGUCAGCCAGAGUGCCACUACUACAUGAAAAAUGGGUUUUGCCCAUUUAAAUCAGUGUGCAAGUUUGAUCAUCCCAAGUCUCAUCUUCCCACAAAAUCCAAUGGUGUUUCCAUCCCCAUUUGCCCUCCACAAUAGGAGUAGCGGCUAUGGUGACAUUGCGGAUCCAAAUGUUAUGACAAGGUUGAUCAGUGCUGAGACGUGAGAUGCAAUCUCGGACAUUAGCAAAGCAAUGAAAGUGAUGUUUCUUCUCUAUUUGAUUGAAAACCUGAAGAGGGUCGAUUGUUGCUACGGAGUGAAAGUUAAAUAUCUUCAUUAAACGGAACUUUAAUGUUCGUGUAUGAUAAAAUUCGUCGUAGCACGACAUACCACUCAGUAUGAGCGGUACAUAUCGAUCCGACAGGAGAUCGGUACGAUCAGUAUAUGAGUACAUUUCCAUGUAUCAUGUGUUGGUAUGUUUGGUACGAUUUGGUAUAGCUCGUUAUGUAUCGUAUCGAUAGCUGAUUGGUAUAUCGGUAUAUCAGGUGAAUUAUGAUGUAUAGAUUAUAUUUCAUUUA